AUGACAUUGAUUGGUGUAGGGGUAGGGGCACUUCCUUGUAGUUGCUGGAGCAGAUCUUUUUCUUCUGGAAUUGCAGCCGCAGUGUUCAAAUCCAUCAGCUUCUCUUCUCCUUCACAAGGUUUAAUUAACUCAAACUCAAACUCAACUGGCACCAUUGCUUGGUUGGUCACAACAGAAACUGAUGAUGGAGGAGGAGGAGGGUAUGGAAGAAGAGACAGAGUCAUUAAACUGGAGCUUUUGACGGCAUCAAAGCUUGUUGGUAUGGGAAGCUGUGGAAGAGCAUGA